GCUGCAGGGCCAUGCUGGCCCUUCUCACCACUUCCAAAAGUCCUCAGACCUGGCUCCAGGGACCAGCUGUGCGUUCGUGGUGAUGUUUAUUCAAUCAGCAGAGAAAGGAAAGAGUGAGAGAGGAAAAAGCGCGCUAUAAAUCUGCACUGCCUCUGGAGUCCCUUCCCAGUGGGACUGGAAAGAUCCCAGCCCUGAUGUCGAGACCCUGUGCACACCUGUGGCAGCACUGCUGACUGCCAUCAAGACAAGGAGGAUAUUUUUCUGCAACAGUUUCCUUUCCUGUAAACCAGGCCUUUGUGGUACCCGAGGAAAGCAGUGGUCAGACAGAAUGGCUCCAGUGAACCAGCCCAAGGACAAGAAGCAUGAGAAGACAUAUUGGUCAGAAGAGGCAAAAUCAGCUGAGAAAAGGAAACUGGACUACGAAGGACUGGAGAAUGUACCACUAGCAAAGAAAUUGUUUUUGAGGAAAACAUCCAAAGCCCAAGAGAAAAUUGGUUGGAAUAGAGGUGGGACUGUGAUGAAAAAUACCAGAGCCUUUUUCCAUCAGCCAAAAUGGCAGUGCAGCAUUGUUCAUUAUGUCUACCAGAACAUGCUGGGAGGCUCCAUCCGGGCACAGCUCAGGCAGUGUCUACAGCUGCCCUUUCUGCGUUCUCUGACCUCAUACCGCCUUUUUCGAACAGCGAGUCCCUUUGACAGGAGAGUGACUUGCCUGGAGUGGCAUCCAACACACCCCAGUACUGUAGCUGUUGGUUCCAAAGGUGGAGACAUCAUUCUUUGGGACUAUGAAGUACUUACUAAAACCUGUUUCAUAAAAGGGAAAGGGCCAGGAGAUUCUCUUGGAGACAUCAAGUUCAGUCCUUAUGAGGCAGUGAAGCUUUAUGUGGCAUCAGGGGAUGGCACCCUAAGUCUGCAGGAUCUUGAGGGCAGAGCGGUGCAGGUGAUCUCCCGUGCCCCGGACUGUGGCCAUGAGAACCAUAACGUUUGUUGCUGGUACUGCAGUGUUGAUGUUUCUGCAAGCUGCCGUACUGUGGUGACAGGUGAUAACUUGGGCAAUGUGGUCCUGCUCAGCACUUCUGGUGAAGAGAUUUGGAGGCUGAAACUGCACAAGAAGAAAGUGACUCAUGUGGAGUUUAACUCUCGAUGUGAGUGGUUAUUGGCCACAGCAUCUGUGGAUCAGACAGUUAAAAUCUGGGACCUCAGAAACAUUAAAGACAAAGCAAAUUUUCUUCACGUACUUCCUCAUGACAAACCUGUCAAUGCAGCUUACUUCAGCCCAACAGAUGGUGCCAAGCUGCUGAGCACAGACCAGCGCAAUGAAAUCAGGGUUUACUCAUGUUCAGACUGGACCAAGCCUCAGCAUCUGAUCCCACACCCACAUCGGCAAUUCCAGCACCUCACACCUAUUAAGGCAACAUGGCAUCCUCGCUAUGAUCUCAUUGUAGUGGGUCGCUAUCCAGACCCGAAGUUCCCAGGCUACACAGUGAAUGAGCUGAGAACUGUUGAUAUAUUUGAUGGAAACACCGGGGAGAUGGUUUGUCAGCUCUAUGAUCCGAAUGCAUCUGGUAUAAUCUCGCUGAAUAAAUUUAACCCUAUGGGAGACACACUAGCCUCUGGCAUGGGCUUUAAUAUUCUGAUCUGGAGCCGGGAGGAGAUGGUGAUGAAGAAGCAAGAACAUCUUUUGAAAGCCAUGACUGAGCAGGGGAUCGGGAGCCGGAGUUUGUCCAGACGUGGAGGGCAGAGACAGGCAAACCCUGGGACAAGCAAACUCAAAGCUAAGUUAUUGUCUUGGGAAGUGGAAGAGAUGGGAACAAAACCCAAAGAUUCUAAAUCACGGGGAAGGAAGUGAAAAGGAUCUAUAUAAGUGAUAGAGUAUUUUGAUCCUUUUUUGAUCAUAGAAGACAAAUUCAGUGAUGGCAGUGGGCACAAUAGGCACUGCAGGGCAUUAGCCUUCUACUUUGUCCUUCCUCCCUAGAUCUGAUCUUGCUUCUGUGAUUCUCUGCUUCUCCUUCUAGAGAGUUGCCAGUGGAGUUGCCACUUAAUUUCUGAGGCACUUCAGAGUUUCUAAGGAAAAUUCAGAGAUGUUUUCAGAUCCUGCUGAAGUUACUGCUUCCAGCCUGCUUGUUAUCAUUAACAGUGUGAUAACAGGAUAUUAUCUCCUGUAGUCUGCUGUGGAGCAGCUUGUGAUGAGGUCUCCAGACUGUUCUAGUCAAAUUGAGCUGAGGAAACCUUUGUUAGUAAGAUUCAUGUCUUGAAAGGUAGAAUGUUCACAAGGGUGAGGUGAUGGAUAGCUUGAGUGAGUUAAGGAAACACCAGCCUUUCCCAUCUGCAAGCUUCUUGCAGCAUGUGCUAUCAAAAACCUCAGGCUAAGUCUAUUCUGCACCUGCAGCUAUUUAGACCAUGAAGAACAUUAUGAUGCCAUACCUCUUUAUUUGCCUUGUGGGACGCAUAGGCAAUAUAGAGCUAAGAACCUACUGAUUCUUUGUCUUCAGAACUCUAGGCAUUUUUUUUUGCUAUCAGUUAAGUAUUUUUUUUUCCACCCAUGCCAGCGUGCCUCAGAAUGUUGGGUGUGUUGUUAAGCAGAAACGAGGGAUUUCUUUCAGAUGCCCCUUUUCAGAGUCAGACCUCACAACUGCUGUUAAACUGAAAAACUCUGCUUUUUCUGGUUUGUUUAUAAAGCUUUCUGGGAGCCUUGCUCCAGAGGUUGAUGAGCAGGCUUUAGACCUGCUGAGAUUCCCUGUGUUCACUUAAUAGUUUUACAGCUUUGAUAUAAAUAAAAGUUUUGUACUAAACUGAAGUACUUCUCUGAUAUAAAAUGGGUGCUCUGAGUAUUCUGCUGAACUGUUUUUAUCUGGGAGGUUAGAAGGUAUUAAUCUUUCUGCUGGAGAACUAUGAGAACUAGAACUGAUUUUCUGUCUGUCAUAAUGCCAUAUCUGCAAAUGACCCUUCCCAGUUGGACAGGCUGCAUUAUAAGCUGUACAUAUGCAUGGUUGCUACCAGCCAAACAACUUUGUUUCAAUUCUCACUUUGCUCUAGUAAACAAGGAAUUUACCUUGGAAGGGGAUAUAGUAAGUUAUCCCUGUUUUCCAACGGUGAGCUGGGUUUAACCCUGUGAAAUCUUAAAGAGGAAGAAUAAAGUUCAGUGUGAAUUUGAUUUUAAUGAUGAAAAGGAAAUGUACUGAAACAAUUACAGAAAGUCAUUCACAGUCAGAAUGUCAUUAUCAUCAUGGAAACCUUUUUUCUGCAUGUGCAAAAUUUGCUGUCUUUAAAAAUAACAGGUCUGGUCCCUUAAAUGCACUUUCUAUUACCUCUUUUUUUUUGUGCCUGUUCACGCAGGCUUUUGCUUUAUGACUGCCUCACUGUGCAGCAAACCUAGAUUACAUCUUCAGAGGACAAAAAGGUGAGGAAGAUGCUGAGAACAGCAAGCUGCUACUGCUGAUUCAGAGUUCCCAUGCUGGCAGAUGUCAAUUAUGGUGUGGGGAAAAGUCCCAAGGAAAUGUCGUUAGCCUAAGCACUCGCUUCUGCCGCCAAGAAGGAAAGGGAACUGCAGCAGAAAAGGAACUAAAACUGGGAAGUGAAUGUGCAGCAUCACCAUGUGAAGAGCCUGUGCUGGUGCCUGCCACAGUCUCUCAUCUUCUGCCAGAAGCUGUGAGGCAGGUGGUGAGCACUUGGCAGUUGCAGUGUGCAGAGAGGCCCACAGCUUCCAUCCAGCUUGCCUGGAGAAAUGAUCACACUUCAGACAGAAAGCCAAAGCAUGGCAGAUGAAGGGAUCCACAGUUACCUGCAAAGUCUGAUCCUUACGAUUUGAUUUCAUUUUUUUUCCUCUGAAUGAGGUGGUCCAGUAGGGAAUACAGGAAACAAAAACAACAACAAAAAACCAACCAAACAAAAAAAGAACAACAACAAAAAACAAUACAGGAGUUGGCAUUUAUUCUAAUCUUGAAGCUCUUUGCUCAAGAUCAUAUGGAUGUGGAUCAUAUGUAACUGAACCAAAUACCAAAAAAACUACUGCCAGGUUUGCAGUUCUGUCCUGAUCCCAGGCCAGUUCUUUUCUCUUGAGCUGCAAUGCGAGGAGGGGAAGAACUGACUAGCAACAACCACUUAGCAGCCUCAGGAACCACUUGUCACUAUCUGCCAUCAUCUGCAGCAGCUUCCUCUGUGUGACCAGCUGCCGCCACUGCACAUGGUGAUCUGGGCCUUCUACUCCAAGCCCAGCUUUCCCACCAGCAUCAGUCCAAAGGCUUGAGAGAAAAGCACACAAAGCAGGUUGUGUGGAAAGAGAAGCAAUUUUUGAUUGUCCUAGAUGUGGCACCUUCUGGAGAAACAAGCGCCUCUGCCACAGUCAUGAUGAGUGGUUACAUUUACAAUCACUGAAAGGAGGAAAAUUCUUCAUGAGCUUCAACUGGCCAUGGUGGGAAUCCCAGACAAGUUGUAUGAGGACUGGGGCACCACACAGUAGAGUGGCUUCUCAGAAUUAAAAUGUCCGCUUCCAUUAGAUUAGGUUAAUCCUCUCUCUGGGCAUCUCAUUAGAAAGUAUCCAAAAAUCACAGUCCAGCUUCAUUCUGGGAAGCAAUGGCCAAAGCAGAAUACUCAGUAACUGAAGAUGCCCAAUCAUCCUUAGGGGCAACACUGCUCCCUCCUAUUGCCUGGGAAGGAGUUGAAGCAACUGUCAGGCCUGCUCUUCUCCCUCAUUGGAAACGUGCCGGUAGCCAGGGGGCUGAGACUGAAUGCGAAGGAGUACAGUCAAGAGGAGGAUUAUAAGGAGAAGGAGAAUGGAUCCACACACAGCCAGACCCACAAACAGUCCUGCAAUGAAGAAAAUAAGCAGUCAGUAUAAUACCAAGCUUUCCCUCUCUGCCACUAUCUGGUCCAGCUUAGGCUCACCUGUGUCACGCAUACUGCUUGCUACCUGACAUUCUUGCUCCCAGUCCUGAGGAACAACAGGAUCUGUGAGUUCCAAGAAUCUUUGCAAUGGACAUAUUUGCUGACAGCCAGGAAUUGUCAACGGGAAAGGUUCCUUUCCGCUCUCAUUCCGGAAAAACAUUUCCACAGAGAAAUUACUGAAAAAAAACCCACAGAAAAUAGGUGUUUUCUUUUUUUCCAUCCAGCUGAAGUCAUCCCUUCCCAAAAAGCUCUUAGUGUGCACACCGUUUCCUUUAGUCUGGUCGUUGUUUUCUUCCUAAGAGUUUGCCACUAGGACCAAGAUUGCAUCCCCCUAGGUUACACCUAGCCUACGUAUCUAACCCUUCAGGUGAAAUCACAGCAGACAUCUUUACUGCAGCCCUCACCCAUCAUCCUCUUGGUACAGCUCAAAUAAAUGACAUGAGGCGUAUGGUGCUUGAAUCUUGUUGUAGACAUCUAGAGCCAUCUGCAGUGCCACAAGUGUGGUGUCAUGCUGAGAAAGAGGGAAAAAAACCAAAUCAGUCACCCUCAUGAAUGUGGCAGGGCAGCUCAGACCAUACCAGCAGCGUGCAGGACAGUGCUGAAGGGAAGUCCCCAUUGUAACUUCCACAGGGAAGAAGGGAAAGGAGCAGUACUGUUUGAAAAGUGAUCUGUGAUGGUACCAGAGAAGGAGAGGAAGUGAAACAAAGCCAUAUGUCCUGCAUCAUUCUGUUACGAAUUAUUUUCUACAGGGCAGUUUUGGGAGAGAUGCCUGACUUUCCAGUCAGUAGGCUGCUGAAAAGUUAGGGGCAUGACUUUAGCUACACUGUGUAACAUCACAUUUGAGUACCACCAACCCAUCCACUAGUGAAGCCUAGCACUAUCCCCCAAAGACUACCAGUCUCAUCCACAAGUCUAAGCCAAAAGGAGCGAAGUGCCAGUUAAGAAUUUUCCUCAAAGGCCCUAGAGGAAUGAUGCCAGACGUGGCACAUCCCACCCAGCCAAAGGCAAAGAUAAAUCUCCUGCUCACUGCAUAGGCUGUGGAGAAGCCAGAAAGGAUUAAAGCCAUCAGCAAGCCCCAGUUCCCGGUGAGGAAGGGUAAGUGGACCAAAGCUAGUACCCAACCUCUGACUUACCGCUGAAUAGACAAGUAGUUUCAGUUGCUGGUGGGCAGAGACGUUUGCUGCUUUGGUUAGGUUUUUCCUAAUGUGAUCCAGCAGGACCCCUGGCAAACACAAAUAACUAGUAAGAUUCAAAAUCCAGACAAAGCAGCACAAAGCUCCUUCCUUUGUGCACUCACCGCCUUGCAAACGAGCUUUUUCUACCCGACGAUGAAUUCCGAACAGAAAUUCAAAACCAAAGUCUUUUAGCUGCUUCAUUUGAGUCAUGACAUCUGGUGUCACCCAUGAUGGCAAAUCCAUUUUGUGUGCUUGCUAGGAAGAGAAAGAGAGUACUCAUGUGCAGGUAGCACGGACCACAGAUUAAUCAGAGCAGGAGUCAAGGUGUCUGGAGUCCUGCCCAAACUGUUGUUGUGUUCCUGCUUUACUUUAAGUAUUACCCUCUUCUAUUUAUGCUUCUAUAAUCACUGUGAACACUGCAUACAGAAAAUAGAGGUAGUUUGUGUCCUUCCUUUUUAAUGUUGCUUUAGAAACUAAUCAUGAGAAGCAUAAAGAUUAGAGUCGAGGAGCUACUUUUCUGUAAAUGCACAACUGGAGUGUGGGCUUUUAUUCUUACAACAGUACAGUAAUCUCAGGGCUUUUGCUUUACAUGUGUAUGCAGAUGGCACACAGUCAAAAACAAAAAAACAAGCUGGAGAGCACAAGAACCCAAGUUUUCUGCUGUGUCUGCAGCACAAUUCCCCAGGAGGUUUUGAGAGCCAAUGAAGGAUACUGGAGAAUGUUAGCAAGCACUCUGCAACAGUACUGGGAUGCACCUGGGAUGAGGCCCAGCAAUCAAACCUCAAAUACAUGUAACUGGGAAUCUAGAAAAGAAUUUGUUUUGUAGCUAACCAUUUACAAGAAAUAAUUAGUUAUGCUGGCAGACAAACAGUUGUGGUUCCCUGGCAUUACUCAGAUUAUUUUCUAUGCCACAUCCCACUAAAAUGCCAGAAGAUGAGACUGAAUAUCCUUAAGGGCUCAUUCUGUCUAAGCAGUUCCCAUUAGCAACUUAUAUAUUUAGCUAGUUUUUCAUUACUAUACAGAAAUAAUAGCUGCUAAGUUCAGGCAUUUCUUGGGCUUUUAUUUUCAUCCAGGUGUUACAGUGAAUCUCCUGGUUCCGGUGUGAAAAACAGUACUUCUCUUCAGGGCACUGUUUGUAAAAGUGAGAAAAAAGGAGGAAAUUCAAAGUAUCUAAAGAGAUUAAUCAGUAUAAGGGUAUAGUUUCGAGAGAGGAUCUCCUCUUCUUUACAGUGUUCUCUUUCACUUUGGGACAGUGAGCUGUUGCCUGAGAUCUUAGGGCUACAGUGGUUCAGUUGGGUUUCUUGACUCAAUUUGCAAGCUCUUUAAGUCAGUCUUGAAAGUGAAAGUGAAGUUCUUGAUCCCUCUGACCAGAUCUAAACCCAGAUGUUGGUGAAACCCACUUAACCUAGCAGAGAGAAAUAAACAUGAACAGAACACAGAAAGAAGUGAUUGACCCAAAUUAACAGAGGCAGAGGUAGAAUCAGGAAUGGUCUCAACUUAAAGCCUCUAACUUAAAUCUUAAAGUGAACGUGUUUCCAGAAAUCUCAUUUCUACCUAACUCAGCUGUCUCUGGAGAGCUGAAGAUUUCAGACUGCAGUCAUUUUCUAGUGACUUUCAAAUGAAUAAUUUACUGCACCUGUGGCAUGGUAUUUAAGCUACAAAGCAAGAGGUAACAGAGCCCUGAGACCAAAGUCUCAUGGCUGUAAGAGGAUGACCAAACUUACUUCACAGAACAGUGUGUCAUACACACUCCAAACAGACUCGAGAGAGAGAUCCCGGAUUCCAGUCUCAUUUGCCACCAUCUGCAGGAAUUGCUGUAGGUACGAGCAGAGAGAGACCUUCAAUUUUUCAACCUCAUACAGCAUUACACACACAGAAUGAGUCUUCCUACCCUUCUCUCUGAUAAUGUAGAGGUAACAAUAUUUCAACUAAAAUCCUAAGACCAUUUUAUUUCAUGCAAACGACCACUCACCAAAUUGUCUCUGGUCUUAUUUAUGUAUUCUGCUGAGUUCCGUGUUUCAUUCUGUAGCUGUUCAUAUCGUGGACAGGGGGUUAAUGGAAAUUUCAAUAGCUGGAAAGAGACAAGAGCAGCAAGAUCACCGAGAAUACAAAUGUACAGAAUUUGUACGUACAGGACUUUCGACAUACAGAAUUGUACCAAAACUCUGACUGGUGGGAUGCAUCUAUGAACAGCUUCAGGUAUUGCCUUCUCACACAUUCCAGUUUGUGUGUGGUCUGGUGAGUGGCUGUGGCUAAUAUUGGCUGUACAAACACAGACCUUCAGUUUUCAUCUUGUUCAAAGAACAGAAGAAUCUUUGCAAGACAGGUUCCCAGGAGAAGCUCAAGACAGUCUGAACUGAGACUGAAGGAAAAAGCUUAUGGAGAAGUCAGCGUAAUGUUACUCGUGUAGUCAGUACACAUCCUUGGGACUAACUUACCAUUUCUCCAGACUCCGGCACUGUGUGCACAGGAAUUGGCUGCCAGGAAAUGUUAGGGUUGAACAUCUGUUGUUUCUCUGGGGGAUACAGGCCGGCCAGAUUGGCCUCCGCACUCAUCAGCGUCCGAUCGUAAUCCGUGCUGCGGAUGAAGAUCUGCCAGGAUAUGGACAAUGCACCAUUAGCAUUGCUACUGUAAGUGAUAGUGCUUAGACAAAGGACAACGUGUGUGCUGAAGAACAUUGCCAAGUGCCCUGCAGCUGCUCACAGACAACAGAGUAACAGGAACCGAAGUGAUUGAGCCUGCUGCUGUCAACCUGGAUGGAAUAAUAAGGAUGGGUAUGAGAGAUGAUGUGUCGUGUAGCACUAGAGCACUCUGUUCUGGGAGAGCGGGACAGUAAGAUGCGCUGUGUGGGGAUUACAGACAGAAGGAAAGGAGUCUGAAUAUUCUAGUCAGAGAAGGGCAAGACAGGUGCAGAUAAUGACGGACACAGAUAGGAAGUGCACUGUAUUUACAAGGCAGAACUGGGGCAAACUGCAGUAUUCAGUUCUCCAUUUCAGGAGCAGGCUACUGCUCAUGCAAAAACCUGGCUUCUCCACACCUCAGCUUUACCACCUGAGGAAUGGAAACAAGAGUGGUCUAAGAGAGAAAGAGAAGUGAGGAAGAUGAGAUUUUAUUUGAUGAAUGUGUACUUUUGGGAUUAAUGGGUCAAGACUUACCAUUCCAGAGCUCAGAGAGAAAUCUGAGCCAGAAAAAAGAAAGAAAAAUACAAAAGAGUUCAGAAGGUCAAAGUGGUAAAAUCUUUGGUAUUCUGAUAUCCAUGUACUGAAAACGCUUUGGGGAAACUGAAGGGAAACCAGUGCUAAGACAGGAUAAACACAUAGAAAAGAACAUACUAAAAACCAACACUGGACCUGAAAUAAGAAGAAAAGAAUGCCAGAAGAGUCAAAUAUAAUGUCAAGAGUGGGGUUUUGUUUUAAAUGCUAAAUGAAAAGUGAGAAAUGUAAAAAACAAACAAACAAAUAGGCUCAUCAUGUAUAUCUCCCAUGUAAACUGUGUAUCAAAACUGAAGUCAUGGCAAAAAAGUCUUGACUGUUUCUACCUACAUUUACUUUCUAACUGUGGCUUAAAAAAACCUGAUCCUGUACUUAGACAGGAUUGCAUUGUCCUAAGUAUGCUCUGAAGAAGCAGAAAGGAAAUAUUUUAAAAUAUAAGGACCUACUUCUCUAAGUGUCAUUAAAAAAACCCCGAACAAUUAA